AUGAGUGAUGCGCAAACUUCUGACGUGGAAUCAGCAAAACCUAGCUUAGAAAAUGAAGUGCAGGUUGAAGUGGGCCGCCGGCUUCUUGGGGGUCUAGAAUUUCAAGUAUCUGAAAUAGUUGAAAGAUUAGAAGCUGUGGUUAACGCCCAGGGAUCCCAAGAUGCCGCUGAAGAAGAUGAGAAAAAGUCUGAGCCGCGAAAAGUCAGUGCCAGUUUAUUUGAACCGGAAGGAAUGGGUAUGGAUGAGAUUGUCAACAUUUUGGAAGAACUCGUACUGAAAGCUGACCCUACUUGUGAUAGUACAGAAACUCCCUUUCUUCCAACUAACCCUGUGUCUCAUGCUACUAUAGUAUCUCAUAGUAUAUCAGCACUUUUUGGACGUCUAGAAAGAAAUCAUGCAGCAAGAGUGGGUGCACACAUAGCAAGUGAAACAACACUUUGGAUGUUGCAUAUGUUUAAGUUGUCUGAUUACAAUGCGUACUAUCACUUAGAGCAAAUGGAGGGUUUGGUGAGAGUUACCAGAAUGUUAUUACAUCACAGAUAUCCGCGGUACUUAGAAGAUGGAGCAUUAGCAUUUGCAAAUCGACUGCCAAGUAUUUACAGCUGUGUGGCGAGUCCACUAGGAGUUGUACAACAUCUAUGCAGACAGCUUGGUUUGCCGUUAGCCUGUGUUAGACCUGUUCCAGUUGACUCCACUGGUCGUGGUAUUGACUUAGAAGCACUAGACAAACUAUGUGAAGAGGAUAUCAAUAGUAAUCGGACUCCACUGCUAGUGCUAGGUGGAGUUGGUGGGCCCCCACUUGGCACAGGUUCUGCACUGGGACCACUGGCAAAUAUAUGCAAAAGGAGAAAUAUGCAUUUACAUGUCAGGGGACAUGCUUUAGCACUGCCAGCUGCUUUAAAUAGGGAUCAGACUUACAAUAUAGCAGAUUCCCUCACUUUGACACCGGGACCAUGGUUUGGUGUACCAGGCCUUGCCAAUGUUACGUUUUAUAGGGUACCAGAACCAAUAACUGCAAAUGAUCACUCAAAAGGAGUUAAUUCUGCUGGAAGUCGUGAAGGCACCUUAGCCGUCUUAGCUGGACUAAGCAGUGGUGCAGCCAGGCAGAGCGCAUUACCACUUUGGACUUGCGCGCGAGUAUCCGGUGGCCGUCGUCUUUCUCGUCGCCUCGAAGCAGCGUUUCGUUCAGCUAGAGCUGCGCGUGCGCUUGUUGCGGGCGCUAAUCUUAGAAUCUUGAGUGAGCGACCUGGUGGUGACGAACCACCAAAUGUGGACAUAGUGGAAGCCAUGAGCCAAGCUUCUGCCUGUGUUGCAUUUCAAUUCGCUCCGCCUGGCGUUGAGAAACCGCCUCCUUACUAUGAUAAGCUUAACUCUUGGCUGGGCCAAGUUUUGCAAAGGGAAUCUGACAUGAUACAUAUAGAAGUAUGUGAAACAGAAAGCUAUGGCGUGGUGCUUAGAUAUUGUCCCCUGGAGGGUACAUUACUCGAAGAUGAUAAAGUGGAGACAUGGGCUGGUGUUCUCGAGGCUCAGUUGCACGUUCUUCAUGCAACCGUAUCUUUGCGGGAGCCCUUCCAAGAAAGGGUCGAGCAACAUUCUUCGUUGAGACUGAUUCAUGUCCCAGGUUGGGCGGGUUUAGGCGGCGUUCGAUACAUUCCUCCAGGCUGGGAAGAUGCACCAGCAGAGGAAAUUAACUCGUUAAAUAGAAAACUAGUUCACACUUUAAGAGCAACAGAUGGCGCGUUCUCUUGCGGAGAGGGUGAAGAUGGAAUGUUUUGCGUUAGAUUUGGCAUGGUAACAGCGGAUACAGACGUAGAUGAAUUGCUGGAGCUAGUACUGUCGGCUGGAAAAGAAGUGGAAGAGAGUUCUAAAGUUCUCACAGACAUGACUGAAGUACUGAAAAAAGGUAUAGAGGCUGCGCAAGAGGAACUAGAACGCGAGGCGUGGCAGGAGGGUUUAUUACGGCGCGUUCCGGUCGUAGGGCGAGUGGUGUCAUGGUGGGCGCCACCCCCACCACCUGCAGGCCGAAGACUGCUCCUCACUCACGGUACAUUGCAGAGCACAAGAGACCUAUACAGUUGCGUGAAAAAAGAGAAAAUCGAGGAGCCUGCGCGUGCGCAUUCACCCGCACGACGAGAAGAGACAGAGUAA